AUGGACAAUGAAUCUGCGGAACCCGAGACAACUGGCUGGGACAGUCCCAAUGACCCCGAGAAUCCGCUCAACUGGUCGUCUUACAAAAGAAACCUGCACAUCAUAAUCGUGAGCCUCUUGACGCUUAAUGCAAACCUGGCUGCCACCAUGUUUGCUCCCGGGGCAGAACAACUGGCCAAAGAGUUCGGAGUCACUGAUUCAACUAUUAAGGCUAUGACGGUUAGCCUCUACGUGCUCGGGUUUGCCUUUGGCCCUCUCCUCUUCGCGCCUCUGUCCGAGCUAUACGGGCGCCUCAUUCUGUACCACCUUUGCAACACUGUGUAUUUUGCAUCUACAGCAGGCUGCGCCUUCAGCACUAAUGUCGCCAUGUUCCUGGUUUUCCGGUUUAUAUGCGGUUGUGCCGCAUCAGGGCCUAUGAGUAUCGGAGGUGGCACGGUUGCGGACGUCACCCCUCCCCGGAAACGAGGAAAGGCUAUGGGGUUAUUUGCCAUGGGCCCAAUCUUAGGACCCGUGCUGGGACCAAUCAUUGGAGGGUUUGUCUCUCAAUACGCAGGCUGGCGCUGGACACUCCGGAUCAUUCUGAUAUUGUCCGGAGCCCUUGGUAUCGCCACCGGUGUCUGUAUGCGGGAGACGAGCGCCGUUGUCUUGCUGAAUCGAAAAGCAGACCGGACGCUCAGAGGAGCUGGAAACGCCAGGAUAGCCGAUCCCAAAACAAAACAACAGGAGUCACCCCGCCAGAUGCUGUUGCAUGCCCUUACACGUCCCGUGAAGUUGUUGAUCUUCUCGCCGAUCGUCUUACUUAUCUCGCUAUAUACUGGCAUUAUGUUCGGCCUCAUCUUCUUACUUUUCACCACCUUCCCUUCAGUAUUUCAAGGGGUGUACGGAUUCGACGCUGGAACUGCCGGAUCGGCCUAUCUCGGCCUAGGGCUCGGCAUGUUCUUCGGUCUGGUUCUCUUCUCCAUCCUUAGCGACAAGCUUCUGGGACAGACGCAAAGCAGAGUCGCGGCCAAGCCUGAACAACGCCUUAUCUUGAUGAAGUGGCUUGGUCCGAUCGCCCCAUUGGGGUGCUUCAUGUAUGGCUGGAGCGCACAGAAUCAUACACACUGGAUAGUGCCAAUAAUCGGGACUUUCAUUAUUGGCUUUGGAUCGUUAUUUGUCGUUAUCCCAGGCCAGAUCUAUCUUGUCGAUGCCUUUGGGGCGGCAGCGGCGGCGUCCGCCCUCGCGGCUAAUCUCCUCAUCCGAUCCCCUUUUGGUGCUUUCCUGGAUCUUGCUGCCGCGCCUCUGUAUGAUAAUCUGGGACUGGGCUGGGGAAAUAGUGUGCUGGGGUUUAUUACGCUGUCAUUCAUGCCAGUGCCGUGGUUGCUUUACCGCUAUGGUGAAGCUUUGAGGACUCGUUUUGCGGUUGACAAGUACGUGUAG